AUAUGUCUUUAAAAAAUCGAUAAAACAAAUAAUAAACUUCAACCAAUGAAUAUUCGACAAAAAGUCACACAAGAUAAAACAAAAAUGUUUGUUUUUUUUUAAACAAUUUUUUAAACAGUUUUAAAAAGUCUAAAUUGAUAGUAAAAUUGGUUGGAUUGAUCCAAAAAAAUUACUUUCAUUCUGGAACGAAAGAAUUAAACAUGGCGUUAUAAAGGUGCCACAAGAAUACCGAUAGGUUUUAUUACAGAGCACAGCGGAGGAGCAUUUAACAAGGAGGUUCUCGUCUCCUUUCUUACCAAUGUCGCUUAUUGGCGUAUAGUCGGCGUUGAACCACAAACCUCUUGGUUCUGAGCCAGAACUCUAUCCAAUGUGCAACGGUUGUUUAUUAACAAACAGUUUUAAGUCCGCAGAAAGGCUUCACUGGAUACUUAGUGUGCCGUUUGGCAUAAUUAUAUCAAUUCUCGGAUUACUAGGGAAUGCGCUAUCAAUAAUUAUUUGGAAAAGAUUAGUAAAUACAAAGUUGCGUAAUAAUCAAUCUACUGGAAUUUUUCUUAUCGCCUUAGCAGUUUGCGACAGCGGAUUGUUGAUUUUCUUUGUUUUACAAGAUAGCCUACCUGCUCUUUAUCCAUCGUUAAAAGAAGAUUCUUACUCAUAUGCUGUCUUUUUUUGCUGGAUUGGCUUUCCUUUCUUCUUUAUAUUUCUUGUAGCCAGCAUUUGGCUUGUGGUAGGAGUUUCAUUAAACCGGUUUAUAAUGAUUACAUUUCCUAUGAAAGUAAAAGUAAUAUACACAAGGAAACGCACAUACUACAGUAUUUUAGGAUUUUUUAUAUUUUCUUUACUUUCAAAUAUUCCACAUUUUUUUAACUACAAACCUGAAAAUACGACUGGCGGCAAGUGGAAAGUGGGAAUAACAGAGUAUGGUGCGUCAGAAGGUUCAAAAAAUUACGAGUUUUGGGUGCACUGCAUUUUUAUUGUCUUAGCACCCUGGAUUACUAUCGCCAUUUUAAACAGCAUAAUUGUUUACAAGCUAUAUAAGCAAUCCAAAAUAAUAAACCAAAAGUUGAUGGAGUCUACAAACUGCGAACGUAAGUCCAAACAAGAAAAUCGAGAACAUCAAAUGACUCGAACUUUAUUUGUAGUUACUUUUGCAUUUCUAAUACUCCUUGCUUGGCAAUGCAUAAUACAGUGCUUCUGGAUGACUGGGUACGGAAAAAGUGAACAACAUUCCUACGCAUGGGUGAUGAUUGAUAAAAAUUUUGCUUUUGCAAAAAUGGGUGUUAUUUUAAAUUCGGCUGCAAACUGUUUACUUUAUUGUUUUACGGGAAGCAUGUUUAAAAAAGAAUUGAUAAAAAUAUUCUGUAAUAAGUUUAAUGUCAAACAAAACAGCUCUUCGUACGAAAAAACAUCAACUAAAAGUUCAUUACUUCAAAAUGAAACUCGAAGCUUGUAAAUAAAUAUCAAAAUUGAUGGUUUCUUUUGGCUAUUCUAA